UAAAGAAGGUAUGAAACUGGUUUGUUUAGUUAUGCAAAAUGACAGACGUAUUUAUUUUAUUACUUCAACUAGGUUUUUUGCGAAUACUCUUCUGUCGCAAAAGAAAUAUCACCUCAGUUUGGUAUUUACUCCUGCCCUUACUUGUUCCAACUCUUGCAGCACCAGGAAAAACAGCAGUUAUCGAUGUCUUUAGAACGGAAAAGUUAAACAGUCGUCCGCAGUUGUCUGCCAGAUUCAAGACGAUUGAGUCAGCAACAGCAACAGAUUCGAAAAGUGACAAUAUUGUUGCAAAAAAUAUUCGAGGAAAAUUUGCUGAUGUAGGAAAUAUUAAAGGAGCAGAAGGAAGGCUGCAUAUGAUAUCUUCUGACUGCAAUAGCAAUGAUGAGAACAGCUUUGCCAGGCUACCACAGAACUGGCUUGCAGUUUUCCAUUUGGGAGAACGUGGUGGAAGCUCAUCAAACAAUUGUCAUACAGAAUCCUUAUCCAUGAUGGACAGGAUGCAGAAAGCUUUAGUGUUUGGAGCUUCAGCCAUUAUCAUUCUGACAUUGAACCCAAAGAUUUUAAGGGAGUUUGAGGGUAAACAGAUGUUUUCCUGUCCUGUGAUCAUUGUGGAAGCUCUAGAGAAUGUUACUAACUUUGUUAGUGUUCUAAAAAGUAAAAUGAAAAUAAAGGCCAAAGUGUACCAAGCCCCAAAAUCAUCUUUUCCAACACUCACUUUGUGGGCCUCUUGUGGUAGACCAACCAAUGGCCACAGUUACCAUGAGUGGGAUGGAGUCAUUUGUAUGGGAACUGAAGAGGAGAUCAGUGGAAAGGCAGAACCUAUAAGUUUUUGGAAUUUUUUCUACUCUGGAACAUUUCUGAUACUGAUGUUACUGGCUAUCAAGUCUAGAAGAAGACUGCAAGAUGAAUGGGGAGAAGAUAAUGAGAUUGAGUCAGCAUUAAGGGAUCUGACUUUCCAGGCUCUUUCUUCCAUGAAGACAAAAAAAGUCAAGAAAAAUCAAGUCAGUCCUAAUGAUUUGUGUGCUAUAUGUUUGGAGUUGUUCAACAGGAAACAGAAACUGAGAGUGCUUCCAUGCUCCCAUGAGUUUCACACAAAAUGUGUAGAUCCAUGGCUAGUAAAAAAUAGAACCUGUCCACUCUGUAAAUUCAACAUAGUUAAUGAAAUGACCAAAGAAAACAGUAUAUGAAGAAGAUAUUUUAAAACAGAUAUUUUUCUUAUGGUUUUUAACUGAAAUGGGUGCUACCAUUAUUUUGAUUUGCAGUUACACGAUGCAUGCUGAUUAUUGUUAAUGUACCUUUUUCCAUGAAGGCAUGUGUUUAGAGAAUCACAAUUUCUGAUCAAUCUGCAGGUAGAAAAUUACCUGGAUUCUGUAAUUAUAAGUCCCUUAUGCAUUUUAGACUGUGAACAGUUUCUGUGGGAAAUGUCCAUAGCUUAAUUUACAGAAGAGAUAUGCAUACAGUAUUAGAACCAUUUCCAGGUUAGUUUGAACUUUCAGUAAGGCGUGGCAUUCUCGGCACUACGUAAUUAGCGUCUGUCAAAUGACGAAUAGAUUCUCAUUGGUUAAGAAAUUAAUAACAUCAGGAACUUUAAAUUGUUGUUGACAACAAUGAGACAACUUAAGCUCCACCUCUUUGCUGGAGGAGACAACAUUAUUGGUUAUUUGAUACACUAAUUGGCAUUUGCCCGAAUUUCUAUCCCAUGUAUAUUUCAACGGUGAAGGAAAGCUAUGUAAAUUUCAGAAGCUAAUUAUUUAACGUCAAGAAUAUUACGUCUUACUGAAAGUCCAAACUAACCUGGAAAUGGUUCUAUUUAAAAUUUUUUGUUAAUUUGUUAUCAAAGCUUCAUCUUUAAAAUGAGCUGGUGUAAAUGUUUACUCAUUAAGGAUCUUUGUUUUUUAUUAAUGCAGUGAUUUACCACACUAUAUUCUGUGCCUACUUUACUACGUGUAUAUGUCAAUAAAUAUAAAUCAGAUCUCUACACA